AUGCCCCGGGAGCAUUCCUGCACCGAGCCGGGGUGCGGAAAGAGGUUCCUUCGAGCAGAGCAUUUGGCUAGACAUCGACUGAACCACAGUCCCAAGCAAAUAUAUCAAUGCCCGUCAUGUCCCAAACGCUUCGUCCGAAGGGACUUGCUCCGGAGACACGAGGAACGCCAUGCCAAGGGCAUGUGGUUCCGCAACUCAGGCGGGUUUGUGGCAGCCAACACUCCCAGCUCUUCGCAUGAAUCUUCUGAAGCUCCGUCUCAGUCUAAUAUGCAAAUGGCGCAUGCUGCCAUAUUCACUGAACGAGAGCAGGAGGAGGAUGUCCGGAUGAGUUCUCCGGAUAUGCACUCAGUCAAGAUAUCUCCUUACGAAGAUGCUGGCAGGGUAUAUGAUCAGAUGGGGGUCAUGGACACAACGAGACUUGAAUGUCAUAAUGACCAUGUCAUAUCUUACGGCCAGCAUCUGGGGCCAAUGGAUUACCGGAACCCAGGCCCUACCGUACGUGGCCCUGACCCUCACAAUGUGAAUUUUGCUCUUCCACAGUUUGUAGAAGAUCAAGUCACUUCACUAUUCUUUGAUUCGUCAACAAACAUUCCCGAUCCAGCCUUGGACUUUGAGUGGUUGUUUGAUAAUCUCUCUGCCGACCUGAACACUACAGGAGGCAGUGCUGGCAUACCGUCCAUCACCUCCCCACACAACAGCAUCUCAUCAACAGAUAUAUCACCACCCGUGCUACCAGUGCCAUCACCUGCCCAUAUCCGCCAUCCGUUGUCGCCUCGAUCAUCUCAAACGUCACCCUGGAUCCAGGUUCGUGCAAACCUGUUGGAAGCAUUGAGCACUUUAGAUUCGGAGACAGCGAUGUCAUCCUUCUUUUAUCCGAGUAAACUUGCUGGAUUCUGGGAUUUAUACUUUGAGAAUUAUCAUCCACACUUUCCCAUUUUACAUAAACAGACACUUGACCCAGUAAAAGCGUCGCCUCUCAUGGUUGCCGCUAUUGUUACGUUGGGGUCGACGCUGUCAGGAGACGCAGUACAUUGGCAUGCUUCUAUCAAGAUCCACGAUACCCUGCGAUAUCUUAUUUUCGGAACUCCCGACUUUGACCCUCCCGCAUCACUAUGGUGUGUCCAAACUCUCCUGAUUUUACAAGCACAUGAGAAAAUGUUUUCUACAAGAAAACAUCACCAACUCGCACACAUCUUCCACGGCGCAAUCAUCACACUCAUGAAACGUGGCGUUGCAUAUCAAAACACCGCACAAACACCCGGAACAACUCCACUAGAGCAGUCAUGGCAUCGAUGGAUUGAAAUGCAGGGCUCAAACCGAACUGCAUUUUUCGGAUUCAUCAUGGAUGCUCAACAUAGCUUCAUGUUUGGCCACACAUGCAUUCUUUCCGUGCAUGAUGUGCGCUUGCCCUUACCAUGUGCAGAUGUACUUUGGGACUGCAUGAAAGCCGAGGAUUGGGACAGGAUGAUGCGCAAAACACCCGAGUCACCAGGCUUUCUGCCUGUAUUAAAACGUCUAUUAGCACGAACGCCCAUCCCACCACAUUGUAGUGCAUACGCUCGCUUUAUCCUACUACAUGGUCUAUUUAGCGUAACCGCACACCUAAAAGCGCGAGACUCGGUAACAUUGGGUGUCGGACGCAUGCCGACGGCAAAUUCACCUCGUUUGGAUGCAAUCGAUACAUGGAAAGAGACCCUAGAACGCGCAAUGGAUACAUGGUCAUUCUCGCUCGCGUCACGGAGCUCAUCGCUUGCGCUAGAAGCGUCAAGGCCUCUUCAUCGUAUGGCCUAUGUGGCUAUCUACACCGACAUAAACGACAUACAUAUCCUCGCCGGCGCACCAUCUCUACUAGGAAGUCUGCUCUCCAACAACGACCGCCUAAGAGCGACCGCGCGCGUGCGCUUAUGGAGCGAAAGAGAAGAAUCCAAAAAGGCUCUCUACCACUGUCUACUACUCAUACAAGAAACCAUCUUCACCGGCCAACUGUAUCGCGCCACGAAAGAUAACAUUGCGCUCCGUCCAUGGUCGAUAUACCACGCCUCACUAAUCCUUUGGGCGUACGGCGCCAUGGCCCGGGAACGAAGCCAGUCUCCAGUACCAUCACAACACCCAUCAUCAAGAGGCAGGAAACCGUCCUGCGGCGCGGAAGAAUAUCUCGUGCGCAUGCUGAUGUUGCUUCGGCAUGAUUCGGCGGAUAUCAAUAUUGUGGCGCAGGAGACUUCGGGGUUACUGCAGGCGGUACGCGAGAGUCUGGAGGGAUGUAGAUGGGAGUUGUUGCAGGAGGCGUACGAUACGUUGGGGAGGUUGAUUGGGAAUGACUCGAUGUGA